AUGGGCAGCCUGCUUUGUAGGUUUCUUCGCCCUCCCCGCCGCCGGCCCCUGCCCGGCCGCGGUCGCCCGCUGCUCACCCCUGCCUGGGACACCGCCCAUCCUGGCCGCGACCACCCCGCCGUUCCUGCACCUGCCCCCUGCUCUGGGCGCAGGCCAUUCCUCCGGGAUCGCAGGCCCCCACCAGCUCGCUGCCACGUGGAGCCCAGGAGGCGGUACCCGCUCCCCCAGGCCGCGUGCCCCCCUCUGGGCCUCCUCCCCGUGGUGAACUGGAGGAACCCUCCGGGUCAACCUGUGCUGGCUGCGCGCAGUUCCCUGGGGUGCGGGCCCUCGAGGACUGUGAGGAUCCCUGCUCUGGGGCGCAGGUUCCGGCUCCUGCAUUCCCUACCUGCACAGGAAGCCAAGGCUGCGAGUCAGGUACCAUCCCCUCCCCUCCCCCUUUGCAGCCCACAGGGGGUGGAGGAGAAGGUCCCAGAGCACCCCGGAGAACAGACCGAGGCUCUUGGUGGGAGUGGCCGCCCCCAGAGCAGUGGGGGGACACCCCUGACAUCUGAGCCCCCGGACACCAGUGGCGUUCUCCGCCUCCACCAAGCCAGCCCUGCAACUCUGGACCGCCGUCUCGUGCCCUCCGGAGGGAGCUCGUGGGACAGCACCCAGAUGGCUCCCGUGUCCUCCUCUGAAGGCCGCGUUGCCACCUCUUCAUGUGGCCCCGUGGGAGAUGCCCUCGCGAAGGCCGACAGGGAUGCGGCAGUGCUCUGGGGCCCAACCGCAUGCCGCCCCUUGCCGCAGGAGACGUGCACACAGGCGGCGGUGGCUGAAGACCAUCAGCCUGGGCAGAGCACGCGGGCCGGAGCGAGGAAGGACACGCAGGCUGAGAAGCCCUCGGGCGUGUCGCCACGGAGCCCUCUCCCACCAGCACCUGCCAGCAGGAGGCAGAACAAGAGGAAAAUGGCCAUGCCCCUCUGUCUGCCAUUGCCGCCACCACUACCGCUGCUGUGGGAUCGAGGGGACUUGCCCGCACCCCCGAAGCUUCCUUGCGUGGCUCUUGACAAGGACCCAGGCACCUUGCCGAACACCGAGUGUCCCAGGAACACGACCUUGAAGGACAGAACAAAGACCUUGGCAGACUGCAGGGCCGCUCAGCCUGCCCCCUCCUCCCCCCCACUGGCCUCGGAGACUGCAGGCUCCCCGCCCCUGGCCGCUCACGCUGCCCACGGCCCUGUUCCUCCCACCGACUUGGCUGGCCCUUCUGCCAGGCCCCCGAUCCUCUCUGUCCCGCCGUCGUCCCCAACACGACAUGCUGGUCGGGAAACAGGACAUGGAGUUCCUGAAUCUCCUCCCCUGGCUGUUCCCGCCGAUUCUCUUCCUCCCCUUCCUUCCAGUCCCAUUAGGGAAACUCCACUUGGCGGAGGUCCUCCUCCCCCAGGCAGGGCUACGACACCCACCUCUGACCGCCCCACACCUUCGAACACCUCAACCUCCUUACACCCACCCUCCUGCACAAAAGAAUCCCCAACCCCCAUGUGUGUAGACUCUCCCCCUCUCUUCCUGACAGCCCCUCUCCCAGGCCACUCCACACAUAGCUCUGUCGUUGCAGUCCAGCCCGGCACCUCUAAACCGACUUCUUCUCCCACCGCAGCAAAGUCAUCUGCUUUGACCUCCAAGCCUAUUUCCAAUCCUGGUGUCGUGGACAUGGACACUACGUCCCCUUCCCGGGCUGUCAUCUUCAGCUCGCCCCCACACUCCGGGAUGAGCUGUCCUCCGUUUUCCCGGGGCCAUUGCAGUAUGAAGCAGAGAUGCCCUGCGAAAGUUGCAGCAUCCACCAGUCUAACUACGUCGAUGGCCCCCGGCCCCACACCACUUGCUGAUCAACUCUUCAGCCUCCACAUCACCCCUCAGCCCACACAUGGGACUCUUGCUGGGAGGCAGCAAAAAGCUGUUCUUCCCAGUGCUCCUAUCGCCACUGGCUUGCCCAACCUGAGUUCUGGGGCCACCACCACUCCAGUAGGCAGCACCUCUGCAAACACCCAACCUCACUCUGACGCCGAGGCCAUGGAUACCACAUCGCCCUCCCGGGCUGUCAUCUUCCAGACCCCCCCUGGGUCCCAGAAGAACCACUUGCCACUUUACAGGGCGCUUCCUGGUUCUGGUAACACACCACCCGGUAGCAGCACUGCCUUGGCCCAUGGCUCUACCACUUUACCUCAAAAGUCAGCCAUCAUACAGGCCUCCACCCCCCCUGGGUCCCAGAAGAACCGCUUGCCACUGUACAGGGCGCUUCCUGGUUCUGGCAACACACCACCCGGUAGCAGCACUGCCUUGGCCCAUGGCUCUACCAGUUUCCCUCAAAAGUCAGCCAUCAUACAGGCCUCCGUUUGGAUGCAUCCUAACCCAGGAAUCGCCCCUCACUCUGACCCCGAUGCCAUGGAUACCACAUCUCCCUCCCGGGCUGUCAUCUUCCAGACCCCCCCUGGGUCCCAGAAGAACCACUUGCCACUGUGCAGGGCGCUUCCUGGUUCUGGCAACACACCACCCGGUAGCAGCACUGCCUUGGCCCAUGGCUCUACCAGUUUCCCUCAAAAGUCAGCCAUCAUACAGGCCUCCGUUUGGAUGCAUCCUAACCCAGGAAUCGCCCCUCACUCUGACCCCGAUGCCAUGGAUACCACAUCUCCCUCCCGGGCUGUCAUCUUUCAGUCCCCCCCUGGGUCCCAGAAGAACCACUUGCCACUUUACAGGGCGCUUCCUGGUUCUGGCAACACACCACCCGGUAGCAGCACUGCCUUGGCCCAUGGCUCUACCAGUUUCCCUCAAAAGUCAGCCAUCAUACACGCCUCGGUUUCGAUGCAUCCUAACCCAGGAAUCGCCCUUCACUCUGACCCCGAUGCCAUGGAUACCACAUCUCCCUCCCGGGCUGUCAUCUUUCAGUAA